GGUGAUGCAAACUCCUCUUUUCCAAUGUUGAGUGUCUUAUAUUUACAAUUCUGUAACCUAAGUAUGUUUCCAGAGUUUUUAAAGAGUCAAACUAGUUUAGAAUAUCUAGACCUUUCAAAUAAUAAAAUAUGUGGUGCAGUGCCGAAUUGGGUGUGGAAGAAAAGUUUGAGGAAUCUGGAUCUUUCUAACAAUUCUCUCUCAUUUUUGGACCAAUUUUCACUAAACCAAUCUCUAACUUCUUCACAAGGCUCUUUAUCAAGACCUAUUUGCAAUUUGAGUCAACUUAGGACCUUUAAUGCAUCCUUUAACAAAUUAAGCGGGCCAAUCCCAAGUUGCUUGGGCAAUAUCAGUUCUCUCGACACUUUGGAUCUACAAAAAAAUAAUUUCAAUGGCAGCAUACCAGAUUUUGCAAAAGCGACCCAAUUAUAUUGGCUUCAACUCAAUGAUAAUAAAUUAGAAGGGAAGUUGCCAAGGUCAUUAGCCAAUUGCACAAUGCUCCAAGUUUUAAACCUUGGAAACAAUACUCUGCAUGACACAUUCCCUUUGUGGUUGGGAAAAUUGCCCGCGUUGAUGGUCCUUGUAUUGCGAGCAAAUAGGCUUUAUGGUCCAAUUAAACAUGUGAAAAAUUGUUUUCAAGACUUAGAUGUACUAGAUAUUGCUUUCAAUAAUUUUUCUGGUCAAUUACCAAUUGAAUUCUUUCAAGCUCCUCAACUAAGGUCACUCAAAAUUGGUGGGAAUAAACUGGAAGGAAAGUUGCCAAGGUCAUUAGCCUAUUGCAAAAAGCUUGAAGUUUUGGACGUUGGAAAAAAUAUGAUACAAGACACAUUUCCUUUUUGGUUGGAGAAAUUGCCUUCUUUAAAGGUUCUUGUAUUAAGAGCAAAUAAAUUCUAUGGUCCAGCUAAAACUUCUGAGGAUGAAAAUGCUUUUCCAGAGUUACACAUAUUGGACCUUGCUUCCAAUAACUUUUCAGGUGAGUUAUCUAUUGGAUUUUUUCGAUCUUUGAAGGCAAUGACGACAAUGACUGAUGGCAAGAAAGCUAAGCCAGAUUACAUUGGAGACAAGCACUACCAGGACUCCCUGACAAUUGUGAAUAAAGGGUGUGAAAUUUUUUACAAGAAAAUCUUAACCAUCUUUGUUUGUCUUGACCUUUCCAAUAAUAGUUUCCAUGGGAGAAUACCGGAGGAAAUACAAAACCUCAAGUCACUCAAAGCGCUAAACUUCUCCUACAACAGCUUCCUUGGCCCAAUCCCUUCAGCACUUGGAAACUUAACUGAGCUUGAGUCGUUGGACCUCUCCCAGAACAACCUCUCAGGAAAGAUUCCUCCACAGCUUGCAAGCCUAACUUUUCUUGAAGUAUUGAAUCUCUCUUACAACCAACUUGAGGGAAGCAUACCACAAAGCUACCAAUUUGGUACAUUUCCAAACGAUUCUUACAAAGGGAACCCAAGAUUGUGUGGGCCGCCUUUGACAAAGAAAUGCAAUGAAGUUGGUCUUGGAAUGCAACCCCCUAAGGAAGAUGAAGAUUCAUUGGUAGAUGGUAUAUCUAUUUGGAAAAUCGUAUUGAUUGGGUAUGGAUGUGGUUUGGUGAUUGGGUUAUCUAUUGGAUAUACAGUGUUGAAUGAGAUGGGAAACAAAUGGAUGGAUAGGUUUACAUGGAAUUGGAAUAAAAAAUGGAGAAGAUCUUUUAAGUGAUUCUAUCAAAACUCAAGUUUCAAAUUCA